UGAUACCAGUAUUUUGCCAAUUUGCAAGGACUCACUUGGCUGGAUGUUUAACAGACUUGAUACAAACUAUGACCUGCUAUUGGAUCAGUCAGAGCUUGGAAGCAUUUACCUUGAUAAGAAUGAACAGUGUACCAAGGCAUUCUUCAAUUCCUGUGACACGUACAAGGACAGUUUGAUAUCUAACAAUGAAUGGUGCUACUGUUUCCAGAGACAGCAAGACCCACCCUGCCAGACGGAGCUCAGCAAUAUUCAGAAGCGGCAACGGGUAAAGAAGCUCCUAGGAGACUACAUCCCCCUGUGUGAUGAAGAUGGUUACUACAAGCCAACACAAUGCCAUGGCAAUGUUGGGCAAUGCUGGUGUGUUGACAGAUAUGGAAAUGAAGUCAUGGGAUCCAGAACAAAUGGUGUUGCGGAUUGUGCUAUUGACUUUGAAAUCUCUGGAGAUUUUGCAAGUGGAGAUUUCCACGAAUGGGCUGAUGAUGAGGAAGAUGAAGAUGAUAUUAUGAAUGAUGAAGAUGAAAUUGAAGAUGAUGAUGAAGAUGAAGGGGAUGAUGAUGAUGGUGGCGAUGACCAUGAUGGAUACAUUUGAUUGAUGACAGCUGAGAUCAAUACAUUCUACAUUUCUAAUAUUUACAAAGUGAUAGUCUAUUGAGAAUUACCUUCUUGCCCCAAAACCAAUGAUCCUAAACUUCACAUAUAUUUUGUAUAAUUGCUUCAACUAUUUCAACUAACAUCAUAAAAUUUUAUGUUUAAAUAAGAAUCACUUACUUUGAGUUUUUAUAUGCCUUACAGAAAAAGAAAACACAUGUGGAGUCUAGCCAGACAAAAGAAAGCUAUGAAGAGCUACUACAAUAAAUUUUUCAAAAGAACAAACUUUGUAAAUCUCCCACAAACAAAACAACAACCUGUGCUUGUGAUCGUAUGUGUUAUUUUUUUGUGCGAUAUUCUACGUUAAAUUUACAAUCACUUAUAGUCACCUGGGUCCCAUGAAUUUUAUCAAAUUAUGCAUGACCUCAACUACAGUUCCAAAGUAGCAUCUUCCCAUACCUAUAGCAAGUCAGGGUAAGUGAGAGAGAUAACACCUGGUAAGAAAAACAAACUGACGAUUGAAGAAUCCUCCAUAGUGUUUACGUUAACAGUGAUGUUUCUAUUUAUGAAGUUAUUCUGGAUAUGAUAGGAUAUUUUACAAAAUGGCGAGUAUGGAAAACCAUGGAUUCUGAAAGUUAAAAACUGAGUUGACCUUUCUAACUUUUAUUUUAAGUUGGAUGGCAGAGUCAUGAACAUUUAAAAAAUAUUCUUUAACAGCAUGAUUUCUUUGCCUUUCUAGAUUUCUUUAUCUUUCUAACCAGCAAUUUAGGGUACAGAAUUUAAAUAAUGAAGACAAAGGGAAAAAUUUACUUAAAUUAUGUUUUCACAAAAUAUUUGUAAUUUGUCCCAAAGUCAAAUUUAAAAAUCUUAAUUCUCAUUUUAUUUCCUACACUAGAUAUAAAUUUGCAUUUAAUCUUAGAAUUACGCCAUUUUUCUUAGAGAACGUAUUGUAUGGUGCCUUGCAAAAAUAGAAAUAGAAAGGUUUUAGCAUGCAUACCAAAUAGGAUAUUAGGCAAUAUAUAAGCACACCUAACUAACAAAUUAACCAGUAAAGGUACUGCUGCUGGAAUGAAGAAAAUGGAAUAUGUUUAUUUCUUGUUUUCUAUUGUUACAUAAUUGCCAUGUGGACUUGUUUAUGAUUAUUGUGUAGAGUAGCAUUUAAGAUUUAACUGUAGAAAAAUUACUUUAAUCUUUGAAUUUAAGUUAGCAUGUUAAUCAAUUGUGUACACGUUUUGGCACACCUUCACUUUUAAGUAUAUUGGACCAAUGGUUUUGUGCCCAUAACUAAAAUAAGAAAACCUAUUAAAUGUUACAAUUCGUAUCUUUAAUUUCAACAGUUGAUCAACUGCUUUCCCAGUAUACAAAUCAUUAAAACAAAAUUGGUGGAUUCUUUCCAUUUAAUUUAUACAUACUAAAUAAAAACUUUAAUGGUAACUUUAUGUAAUAUUGAAAGUAUAAUGCAUUUUCUUUUUUACUGUUUCUGUAUAGUUUACAAAAUAAAGAAUCUUGUAACCAA